AUGUACAUAGAAGCAUCCAGUCCACAUCAGCCAGGUGAUGAUGCAAAAUUGUACAGUCCUGCACUGAAGUUCUUUGGGAUUAUGUGCCUUGAAUUCUAUUACUAUAUGUCUGGUGCAUCUAUUGGAAGCCUGAACGUUACCGUAAAUAAAACACUAGUGUUCUCUGCGAGUGGUCAUAAAGGAGACGUAUGGAAUAAAGCCAGUAUAAAUAUAUCCUCAAUUGUGGGAUUGCAUUGGGUAAGCAUUAAUGAGACAAUCACUGAAUAACGACCAUGAAAACGGGUUUCUCUGAAAGAGGUAACUUUUAAAGGAAAAAAGGGUUAGUUUGUGGAGAGGCACAAGACACAGGAAUAUUUGUUCCGGAAGGGGGCUACUCUAAGAUUUACACGGCGAGGCGGAUUAUUUGUCCACUUUGAAAAUAUAUUUUGGUCCUCGCGUCUAAAUUCUUCAAAUCUUUACUUAUGUUAUAAUUAUGAGUCUUAUCUGUAUUUGACAGCAAAAUAAGUGAAAAAAGGUCAAAGUGUAGACUUGGUUACUUUAGAAGGCAGAUGCUAAUUUGGGAAGGAAUUAAAUUAGGGUUAAGAAAGGUAAUAUACACCUGAUAAACCCGUUAGUCAGCUAAUAGGCUUAGAAACCAUUAAUCUCGUACCCAGAUUUAUUGUUAUAAAGGAAGCCGGAGGCGAGAUCUAGUCAAAUCCGAAUUGUACACAUGAUUGCCUGUCAGGAUUGCGUGACAGGCAAUGCUCGAAAUCCUCAAAAUCGCCCAUUUUUGACGUGUUUAACAACGAAUUUGAUAAAGCGUUAAGUUUUUUUUAAAAUUUGUAACCACCCCUAAAUCCAAUCUUUUUUAAAUUUGCCAAUUGUUUUAAAAUUUAUACCCUAGCCUUUCCUAUUUGUUAUACAUUUAAAACAUUUGAAAAAUAUUCUAAAAAGUUUCAAAAAAUUAUGGGACCAAGGCCGCAAAACUGAGUCAUUUUACGCUUGAACAAAAUCUUGGCUGAUAUUUAAGAAAAAGAGGCCAUAAAUUAAACACAUAAUAUAAAAUGUCACUUAUGUGUCAUAAUUGUUCUUUUCAAGGAGGAUAUGCAUUGCUAUAAGAGAUUUCCUUGGGACUUUCUUCAAAAAUUGCUAUUUUACGUCUAUUUAUAUAAAGUACUCCGUCUAACUGUAUGGCUCAACUUUUCAUUAUUUGAAAAACUAAUGAGUCUCGUAAAGUCAAUAGAGAUAUAACUAAAAUUCAUACUUGGCUGAGAGGCUUAGGGGCAUAAAUCAGCGGAAAUCGUCUUGAGCCGCCAGCAAUGAAUAAUACGUUUCUUUUGUUUCAAUCCUCCAAACCAGGUAUGAAUUUUAAUAGAGAGAACAGACUUCAGAGAAGAUCUAAAAAUAUCUUAAGAGGAAUUACGAUGGGUAUAGGGCCUAUAUGAGGGAUUAAUUCUGUUAGCCCCUUUAUCCUCUCUUGUUUUAAAAUAUCAAAAAUUGUCUUUUAUAAAAGCCUUUCUUUUGGUUUUAUUACCUAUAAUAUCAUGUUUUUGACAGGUAAUAUUUGAAGGCGUAGUGGGCAGCAGUUACACUGGUGACAUAGCAAUUGACGACUUCUCUUUGAAAGCAGGGUCAUGUUUUUAUGGUGAGUACUGAAUAAUUGCACUUAAGUCACCUAUUUUAAGCACAGGCAGACCACCCUCUGUUCGUGUGGCAGUUGUUGUUAAUGAGCAUCGAUAUUUUGUAUACUUAAUUAAUACAGAUUCAAUUAAAGCUAAAUGUUUACAUAAUAAUUCAAGCAUUGGAAGGUGAAAAACAAAAAAAAAACAUAACAACGAAAUGACCAAGUUAACAUUUCGCUUGAAUUUUUAUUGAAACAUCUAGGUUUAAAUUUGUAUUUUAGCCGCUGCAACAGGAGCAGAUUACUGCUGCAACGUAUAUCUGUAUUUCUCAUUGCUCAUCGGACAGUGAAAAAAGGUUUUUCUGUAGGCUGGUUAACAACUUCUUGUAAAAAAUAUUUAAGGCAAAAGUCAAACUUAAAACUUUUGCUUUUGGGGGAAACUUUUAAGCAAUUUUAUUUAUCUAAGGGCAACUUUUGAGCAAGAUUUUGUGAUAUUUUGAAUAUAUUUUUUUAACUGAAUUUGAAGCAUCUUUAGGAGGGUUUGAAUGGGGUUUAGUGUUUAGUGUUAUUUGCUCAUAAUUUUUAGUAUUUUGCUGUUAAAUUGGCCAAUUUUUUAAUGUUUGCUGUUUCAGAAGGAAAAACUGUUAAAUGUUCGGAGGGUUCUUCAGACAUCUUCGGCAACUGGGUCGAACCUCCUCGAUUCCGGUUAGUCUUCGAAAAUCUUCGGCAGUCUUCGGGAAUCGUCGGUGGCCUUCAGAAAUCUUCUGAAAUAAUCCGGAUUUGUCGUAAAAUGGCCGAAAACUUGUUGAUAUACUAAACAAAACAAUAUUGGCCUUUUUGGAGCCGUUUUUUGCGUCUUCUUCCUGGAAAAAAUUUAAUGUUUCAAAGAAUUUUUUACCGUUAGUGUUAAAAUGCCUAAAAUUUAACUGUUUCAUGUUACAAAGCCAAAACAGUGAAGUGUUUAGCGUUAUCGAGGUACCCCCAUUCAGACCCUCUCUUAGGGACAGCCUUAACAACUGCCAAACUCGCAGAGGGUUGACUGUCUGUGUUUUGACCAAAAAAAAAAGAUUUCGUCGCAACAAUAGAAUGUGAAAAGAUUCGGCAAAAACCUCGCUAUACAGUUAAUGAAAUGUUGCUAACCAAGAAUAGUUUGCGGGCUCCUUUUGUCGCCCGCAAUAAUUCAUUGCUAAGGCUCCACUGGCGGCCCACACUCUGUGGGGGUAAAAAAACAAAACAAAAACACAAGGUAAGUCAUUUUUAUUUCUAUUUUUGUCAAAAAAUGGAAUUGCUGGUUUUCAUUGUCGCGUUAUUCAAAAUAGAUCAAAAUCAAAAUCAAAACCGUUCCAUAAAGUCAAGAAUCUGGGAAAUGAAAGGAGUUACAUAUACAAAGACCCUAGCCAAGAUUCAGGUCAGAGGAAUAUUUCGUAUACGAGAUAUCCGAAGAAAUGUUUUACCCAAACUUUUGAUUUUGAGAUUUGUAUGGAGACGCCAUGCUGGUGCAGUGCUCUCUUGGAUGAGCUCCAACAUGGCGGACGGAAACCAACAGAAACAUCUGUUACCGUGUUUGGCUACAAAAGCGUGAAUUUAUUCUUCCAAAAAGUCAGAAACAUUAAAGUUAUACUUUUUCUAAUACAUGAACUGUUUAGAUAGCAAAAUUUCCUGAAAUAACUCAUUUUUUUAACCUACAUGACUGCUCUCUUGACCGUCAUGUAAAUCCUGCGUCACGCAAAAGCUUAGAAAUUCAAGCGUACUCUAUCACAAAACCAAGAACCCUUUUGAAGCGAAAAUUUGUAUGAAAAUUAGUUUUCAGCUGCUCUAAUGCAUCGCGAAAGUAAAAUCUCGGUAGGAUCGAUAGUUUUUUAGUUUGAAUUUUAGUGACGUCAAGUUAAAACCACAAUAUAUAAUUAGGACGUAUUUUGUUCGUUUUCAUACAUUCUCUUAUAUAUGUAAAGUCCAACGAACUCCCACACUGUUUGUGCCGCCUGUGAAGCCCCAAGGUGAUUUCUUUUGUUUUGUUCUCUUAAGCCGGCUCUCAGCCAAGUAUGAAUUUUAAUAUAUCGAAAAUGCCCCUGGGAUGGGGGGGGGGGGGGGGGUGGGGGGUUACUCCCUUAUAUGGCCUAUACGGAGAUAUGCCGCUGGACAGGGUAUGGUUUUCGUCCUGUCUGUCCUAAACAUGGUAUACAAUUAUUUAAAUUUCGCGCAAGUCUGUCCUAAACUGGUGUGCAUGAUUUGUGCGAGUCUGUUCCAAUUAUUAACAGGGUGUUUCAUGCACGAUCGAUUUUCUUCUUAGUGCAAACGUUUGCAGAUAUCUAGUAUGUCAUCACCCAAAGCAUUUACUGGAAUAAAUAUAUAAUGGUAUUGAGGGAGUUGUCCUAAACAGGGUUCUAAACUUGAGAGUGUUGUCCUAAACAGGGUAUGUAUUUUAGGAAUGUUUUGUCCUAAACAGGGUCAGGAUUUCAAACCCUCAGCGGCUCAACUGUAACCAAAUACUGGUCGAGUACCCCCCUCCCUAGGGGAAAUACAUGGUCUAUUUACUUCAGACUCGUUAGUCUUCCAAAACUAAUGAAAAAUUAACUUUACGGUGAGAAGAAGUAAUUUUAUAAAAUUAAUUUAAAAAAUCUCACUUAAAAUAACAAUUUAAAAGAAAGCCCCUAGGAAACCUCUUCAGGCUGUACCUCUUAAACAUGUUUAGGCUACGUGCAAACGGACGCAACCGACCUCCCAACAUUGCACGUACUUUAAUCAUGUUAAAGACUGAGUACAGUCAGUACAGUCGACUUCCGAUAACUCGAACCUUGAAGGCAAGUCGAGAUAAGUUCAAGUUAUCGGAAUUCGAGUAAUCAGGAGCUCGAAGCAAAUAACAGAAAACAAGGUAAUGAGAUGACGAAGGAAUCAUGCUCAAUUCACUUCAAGAGCACAUGGAAAGACCUGAAAGACUCGGAGAUUAUCGGCAGGGUUUUUUUGCAGGUCACAGGCCACAGGUCACCUCCAUCUGUGGAAGCUCAAUUGGAGAACAGAGUGGUCUAGUUUGUAAACAAUCCUUUCGAUCGUACCUUUCACACCAAUUCAAAAACUCAUUAAUAAUUCAUUAAGGAAAAAAACCCAAGAAAUUAAUGUCUUUAUAUCUGAUAAAGACACAGCUAAACUUUACAUCUAUUUUUUAGCACCAAAUUUAAAUAUUAGUGAAAGAAUAAGUCGAUCUAUAUCAGAGAUUUUUCAAGUUUAGAAUGUGUUUUUUUAAUGCCGCAAAGCAAAAUACUGUCAAACUGUCUUUUGUAAUAUCUUUGCUGGCCACAAGAAAUUCGUAAUAGAGAACAUUUAAGUGCCAUUUCACUCAUCAUAGAAUAGAUAAACGUAAAGUACACUUGAAUUUAGCUAAAACAAUCGAUUGCAAACAUUGUGUACAUUCUGUUUAAUUCUGUACGAUGAGAGACUGUAGAUCGAUUCAACUAACUGAUAGCUAACUAUAAGAAAGCGAGCAGGUGUUUCACGCGGGUUUUCCUCUAUGUAAAAAUCAACCUCGUCCCCAGGGCGCUUUUCCCUGGCUUUGGAGGUGGUGCACCCCGCCUCCAAAGCCAGGGAAAAGAACCCUGGGGACGAGGUUGCGUAAAAAUCUUUCAAGUGUCUCUUAAUUUCAAGUGAGGUUAGGGGAGUGGGGCGAAUACUAGUACUCCCUUUUCCUUUUUUUUGGGAGGAAGAUGAACUGUAAAUGCGAGGUUUCUAUGUUAGGUUUCCUGUGCACUAGGCUUCAGUCCGUGCGAGGUUUUGACACUUCGAGAUUAGGUCAAACCUCGACACACAUGUGCUUUUCAUCGCUUCGUUUUUUUCGUCUUUUUUCGGAUGAGGAUUGUUUAACUGGACUCACGUAUCAAAGGAGUCGAACAUUACGGAGUCAUUACGGAUAUUACAGUAAAAGGUUAUGGACACGGACACUGGCUUGUUUGUAAGGAUUUCUAUAUGCGGUAUUGUAUUCAAACAGUGACUGUGUUGAGCGUAGUUGAUCGGAUCGAAUAAAAUGUGGAAUCGGCACUGAAUUGACGGCUGAAUAUAAAGGACGCAGCCUUAGUGUCCACAUCCCGUCUUUUAUUUCUGAGUGCAAAUAAAUACCAAUACAGAAGGAACUUGGAAGAUUUUCUGCAAGAUAUUCGUAGAAAUGCAACUGCUACUGUAUUUUUACAAAAAUAUACUUCUAAAUUUAAAUUUCGUCUCGCAACUUUAUCUAUGACCUGUAACCUGUGACCUGUGACCUCCAAAAGAAACCUGCCGGGAGAUUAUUGAUAUUUUGAAAAUUCUAAGGGAAAAAAUGAACAACAAAGAAGACAAAGCUUGAUUAAUAUACAGGGCUGGAGAAAUUAUCUAAAGGGAAACAAAAAUUGCUUCGAGUAUUAUUUGAUAAUAAGCGGGGGGUUCGAGUUCACUGAAGGUAAAAUAACAGUAAAUCUAUGAAGGAAAUCAAGGGGAAAUGUAAUAAGGUCGAGUUAGCGAGAAUUCAUGAUAUCGGGAACCACCGUAUUUUUUUGUAUUUAAUUAUUAUUUUUUAUCUAUACUUGUAUCCAGAUUGUUUCAUUUAUCACUUCGAAACAUAUCAAGAUUUAAGCAUAGGAGCUGUUGCAGUGGAAUAUUUCACCAUCAAAGGAAGUCUGUUUCUCGCGUUCGCUAACUUUCUAAACAGUACUUUCAUCUACAAGUUCAGCGACUCGACAAGAAAAUUCUUCCUUUACGAGACCCUGGAUACAAAGAACGUGUGGGACAUAGAAUAUUUCACAAUUUCUGACGAACACUACCUUGCUGUAACUAAUCUAUUUAACACAUCAGUUAUUUAUCGUUGGAAUGGACAAUUGUUUACUCCAUUCGAAAACACUGCAGCGCGUGCAUGGGAGUUCAGUUUUUUUACAGUAGACAAAGAACCAUAUCUUGCCGUAUCCAGUCUAAUCAGUUCAAUCUCUCGAUGCAUCAUCUAUAAGUGGAAAAACAACACCUUUGAAAAGUUUCAGGUAAUAGAAGGUCCCUGUUCUAUAGAUGCGUUUAUAAUUGACAAUGAAACCUACUUUGCCCAGGCUGGUGGCUUAUUCGUACAAAGACAGUCAGUCGUCUAUAAGUGGUCAGGAGAAAGCUUCUCUAAACUGCAAACUCUCCCGCCAGCAUCAGAGAUAAAAUUCUUUAACAUUAAUGAACAAGUGUUUCUCGCCCUUGGCUCUCAACGUGCAAAUCCGAACUCGUAUAUUUACAAGUGGGAAGGCAGUCAGUUUAUUUUGUUUCAGUCCAUUAGUACUAAUAGUUCCUGGGUUCUUUGCGUGCAUUCAUUUGUUAUGUGUGGUCAAAUGUUUUUGGGUUUCACUGAUAUGGAUAACGAUAAGUCCACGUUGUAUCGGUUCUCUCUGGACAAGUUCACUAAAUAUCAAGAGAUUUCGACCUUUGGACCUGCUGAUAUGAGGUCAUUUGAAUACAAGGGUUAUACUUACCUGGCUAUUGCUAAUACCAGAAACUCAGCCCAAAGAAGUACUAAAAGCACUCUGUAUAAGUGGACUACGGGAAUGUAA